UACACUAGCGAGUGUUUUUCCCGGGAAAAUCGGGAAAUUGGAACAAGAAAUGGGUGCCUAGAAAUGAACCAAAAAAGGGUUCAUAAAUCAAAAGCUUAGCUCCCCUGCAAUUGCAAACAAAAACAACACAAUUUCAAUUUCAAUUUCAUGGUUGAUAAAUCUGUUUCUCUCUCUUCCUCUCCUUGUGAUUCUCCAAUCUCCCUAUUUCACUCGCAAACCCAACGCACAGAACUUUCUAACACCGCCCGAUUCUCCAGCCUCUACCCCCCGUAAUCACAGCUCUACCUGUCAACCCCUUUUUUUCCAACUUCCCUUUUUCUCUCUCUUCACUCUUAAUUUUCUUCCAUAUUCAUCAUCAUCAUCAUCUUGAUUCUUCUAUCUAUCUAUACCAUUUUUGGGUUUCUAAUUUUUUCAUUCUUUUCCCCUUUUUCUGGGUUUUUCUCUUUUUUUGGAUAUCUAUCUUGCAUGGAUGCAUAAGAAAAAGAAGUUGCAAAGGUGAUUGGCGGUUGUUUGGCCGGAGAGCAUUUGCUAAUAAUCUUGAAGAAUGGGAAGGGUUAAACUAAAGAUCAAAAGAUUGGAAAGCAGUAGCAACCGUCAAGUAACCUAUUCGAAACGGCGUACCGGAAUCAUUAAGAAAGCUAGGGAGUUGGCUAUCUUAUGUGAUAUUGACAUUGUUUUGCUCAUGUUCUCUCCCACUGGGAAGCCAACAUUAUUCCUUGGAGAGCGUAGCAACCUUGAACAAGUCAUCACCAAGUUUGCUCAAUUAACUCCACAAGAAAGGGCAAAAAGGAAAUUGGAGAGUCUUGAAGCACUAAAGAAAACUUUUAAGAAGUGUGACCAUGAUGUAAAUAUAGAAGAUUUUGUUGCUUCAAGUAGUCAAACGGCUGAGGAACUGGCUAACCAAGUGGGGCUAUUGCAAGCACAGAUUACAGAAGCACAUAAGCGAUUGAGCUGUUGGAGUAAUCCUGAUAAGAUUGACAAUGUGGAGCAUCUACGGCAGAUGGAAAACUCCUUGAAGGAAUCACUUAACCAAAUCCGCUUACACAAGGAUAAUAUUGGAAAACACCAAUUUAUGUCUCUAGAUUGCAGUAACCAGUUUCAGAAUGGGAUGCAUAUUCCUUUGAUGAUGGGUAAUAUGCAAGAAUGCCAGCUGUUAUCAUGGCUUUCGAGUAAUGACAAUCAACAUCUACUGCUGUCUGAAGACACAAACUUUUUAUCUCAUAGAGAUAUGAAGUGCACCAGUGAUGCUUCUCUAUCUGGAUACUCUGGAUACUACGGCGAUGCCAAAUUGGAAAUGGAAAAUGCCAGACAGUGUGAGAACGCGAGACAAGAUUGUGGUAGCUUAAAUGAGCUGACUGCAAAUGCAUGCAUGGGAGUUCAAAUUGGUGAGCAGUAUCCAUACUCCCCAUAUGGAAAUAUUAAUCUGCCCGAGGAGAAGAAAGUGAUGCCAGAUAAUGGGAUCAAUUUUCAAGGCAAUCCGAUGGAUUACCAAAUUCCUGGUCAUUUUGAUAUGCCUAGAUCUAUAUAUGAUACAAGGCCUCAACCAUGGGCUCCUGCUGCUUUGCAAUGUCCCAUUCCUAUGUUCAAUGAAAAUUCAUACCCACAGCCUAAUUUGUGACUGAGGUAUUGGCUAAUCCACGAUGGCGACCAAGAGGAUAGGGCGCAUGUUAGCAGAGGCUUAAAUCCGUGAUGAAUGUCAAUUAUGGGAGCAUAAAAGUUCAACUAAUCAAAUCUUAUGUUCUGGGUGAUACAUUUGAGGAUGUCUGAUUUGUUGGGUUGUCUGAUUUACCAUAACACUUGCUGUAUAGUAUAUUAUGUAUAGAAAGUAUAGGUGGAUACAUGUAGCACAUUCUUGAAAAAAAUACAAAGUAUGUCAACUGUGAAUAGGGCCUUUUUACUCUUUUUAUCCCAUUUUUUGUUUUUUCCUCCCAUUUUGGGGCAAUUUUGCUGAGGUUUCUAGUUACAGAUCCUGUAAAUUAGAGUUCUGCACUCUGCAGAGUUUACUGUAACUUAAAACAUACUCCGAAUCACAUAAUACAUUACAAUUUUUUGCUUAAAAAGAUAUUGAGAUUGGUCUUCUCUAAGCAACUACUAGAUUGGUAACCUUACAACAAAUUGAUGUAACCUAAUAAUCACAUCUACAAUGAUGACAAACGGGUCUGUUCGGGUAUUUUCAAUUUCAUUCACCUUUAGGUGGCGAAUUAUUAGAUGUUUGGAUCAGGUCGAAUUAUGAUUGAUUGUCAAAAAGUUUGGUGUGG